AUGAAGGCUUUAGGAGAUAAAGAAUUGGAUGAAACAAAAGAAACUACCACUGUGGCAAGCGGUAAUUUUGAAAGUUCUAGCAAUUCUAAUAUAAGUAGUAGUAUUACUACUACUACUACUACUACUACUACUACUACUACUACUACGACUACUCCAGCUACUACAUUUGAUCAGGAGCUUUUAGAAGAACUAUAUCAAGAUUCGCAAAACAGGUGUAACUGUCGUUGCGGUGAAAGAAACGAAGAAUCUCGUAUUGUGGGUGGAGUUGAAACAUCAGUGAACGAGUUCCCAUGGGUCGCUCGUCUGACUUAUUUCAACAAGUUCUACUGCGGAGGCAUGCUGAUAAACGAUAGAUACAUCCUAACUGCUGCUCAUUGUGUUAAAGGUUUAAUGUGGUUCAUGAUAAAGGUUACUUUGGGAGAGCACAACCGUUGUAACGACACGCGUCCUGUAACACGUUAUGUAGUACAAGUUGUUGCCCACAACUUUACCUAUUUAACGUUCAGGGAUGACGUUGCCGUUUUGAGAUUGAACGAACCGAUCGAAAUAUCAGAUACAAUCAAACCUAUAUGUCUGCCCCAAAGUCAAGAUAAUGAUUACGUGGGGGUGAAAGCGAUUGCCAUUGGUUGGGGAUCGAUUGGUGAGCAGAAAAAUCAUUCGUGCACUCUAUUAAACGUGGAAUUGCCAGUUCUUAGUAAUGACGUCUGUAGAAACACUAUGUAUGAGACGAGCAUGAUAUCUGAUGGGAUGCUCUGCGCCGGUUACCCUGACGAAGGACAAAGGGACACUUGUCAGGGUGACAGUGGUGGACCUCUUACUGCGGAGAGAAAGGACAAACGUUACGAACUGCUGGGUAUAGUCUCUUGGGGUAUUGGUUGUGGAAGACGUGGAUAUCCAGGGGUCUACACAAGAGUUACAAAAUACUUGAAUUGGAUCAAAGACAACUCUCGUCACGGAUGUGUCUGCUCAAACUAA